AUGCACUUCGAUCCUCAUACGUGGAGCAUCCACCAAAAAUGGUACGGUCCACUAAGUUCAGAGGCGUCCGCCAGCGCCACUGGGGCUCUUGGGUAUCUGAAAUCCGCCAUCCCCUGCUGAAGAGAAGGGUAUGGCUAGGGACUUUUGAAACAGCAGAAGAAGCAGCCCGUGCCUAUGAUAUGGCAGCCAUAUUAAUGUGCGGUCGGAACGCUAAAACAAACUUUCCGGUGUCCCUAACACCGGACGGCGAUCCAAAGGGAAGCACUGAAAAUUUCCCAAUAACUCAAAACGAGCUGUCUGAAUUACUCCAUGCCAAGCUCCGUAAAUGCAGCAAAGGGCCGUCGGGGCCGUCUCCUUCCUUGACUUGCUUGAGGCUUGACACGGAGAAUUCUCACAUAGGGGUGUGGCAGAAGCGGGCGGGGCAAAGCUCGAAUUCCCACUGGGUCAUGAUGGUCCAUCUCGGAAAAGGAAAUGAUAAACCUUCCCAUAAUGCUUUGCCUUCGACGACCCCGGGGCUCGCGGGGCCGGAAAUGAAAGCAGAAAUGGAUGAAGAGGAGAGAAUUGCUUUGCAGAUGAUAGAAGAGCUACUUAGCAGAAAUAAUUGCCCAAGUCCUUCAUUUGAGGUGCAAGGAGAGAAUAUCCUCUUUAUUUAGUCUCUCUAAGAAAAUAAGUUUUUCUUUUCAGUCAGUCUUACGCUCAUCAAUCUAAGGUUAUAAAGAAUAAAAAAUGUCGAGAUUUAUAGCGUUUUUAUAUUUUCUUAUCGCAAAAGUGCACUCUAUGUAUUGAGGUAUUGUUGGUACGGCCUCUGUACCAAGGUCUGUGCAAUCUUGGUGAUAAUUAAAGUAUUGUAACAUGA